CGCGAAUUCCGUGGCGCGAACUUGGGAGAGCUGUAGAGCGUCCCGGAGUUCCUGGUGGACACCUCAGACAGCGGAGUGCGGGGCCGACGCCAGAUAAGUGGGACCGCCCGAGCGGGACUGAAGGACUGCUCGCGUGUCGCACGCCCGAGGUCCACGGCUUUGCCGGGUCUGUCGACUUCGGCGGAGUGGGCGUGAAGGACGUUGAGGCGUCCGGGAACGCAUCCGCCGGAGAGGGCCGGGUAGAAGAGCAGCUGACGGGACGAGAGGAGGAGGAGUGGAAAGGGACCAUUUUGCCGCCAACAUGCAGCGAAGUAUCAUGUCAUUUUUCCAACCCAAGAAAGAGGGCAAAGCAAAGAAGCCAGAGGAGGCAUCCGACAGCAUCAGAGAGACAGAGCCCCCUCCAAAGGUGGCGCUGAAGGAGCGGAACAGAGUGGUGCCAGAGAGCGAGUCCCCAGUGAAGAGGCCGGGGAGGAGGGCGGCCCAGGUCCUGUGCAGCGACGGUGAGGAGGAGGAUGAAGCCAUCACACCCCCCAAAGGCCAGAAGCCUGCCCCUGACUCCCCACCAGCCUCCCCACCUAGUCCGGUCACGGUUCCCGAGAGCAGCCCUUCCCUGUCCGGCACAUCUCUGGCGCGCAUCUCCCCAUCGGGCAUCCCGAAGCGUCGCACAGCUCGGAAGCAGCUUUCUAAACGGACGAUUCAGGAUGUCCUAGAUGAGCACAACAGGGACAAGGACCGAGAGACCAAGAGGAAGAGGGAGGAAGAAGACGCAGAGGCCCCGCAAGAGAGCAGCUCGGAGCCUGAGGCCCGGGAAGAGGACCUGGCGAAGCCUCCGCCCAGAGCUCCCAAGACGCUCAGCAGCUUCUUCACCCCCCGGAAGCCGGCAAUCAAGAAGGAAGUAAAGGAAGCGGGGCCUGGCACCCCAAGAAAGGAGGAGCCCAAGGGACUCUCCCACUCGGAUGAGAGCUCCAGCCCGCUGGACCCAGGCAGCUACAACCCUGCCAAGAACAGCUACCACCCUGUGCACGACGCCUGCUGGAAGCAGGGCCAGAAGGUCCCUUAUCUGGCUGUGGCCCGGACGUUCGAGAAGAUUGAGGAGGUUUCUGCUCGGCUCCGGAUGGUGGAGACGCUGAGCAAUUUGCUUCGCUCCGUGGUGGCCCUGUCACCUCCAGACCUCCUCCCCAUCCUCUACCUCAGUCUCAACUGCCUCGGGCCACCCCAGCAGGGCCUGGAGCUUGGCGUAGGGGACGGUGUUCUUCUCAAGGCGGUGGCCCAGGCCACAGGUCGGCAGCUCGAGUCUGUCCGGGCUGAGGCGGCCGAGAAGGGUGAUGUGGGGCUGGUGGCCGAGAACAGCCGCAGCACCCAGAGGCUCAUGCUGCCCCCGCCCGCUCUCACCGCCGCUGGGGUCUUCGCCAGGUUCCGAGACAUCGCCCGGCUCACUGGCAGUGCUUCCACGGCCAAGAAGAUAGAGAUCAUCAAAGGCCUCUUCGUGGCCUGCCGCCACUCAGAAGCCCGGUUCAUCGCCAGAGCCCUGAGCGGACAGCUGCGUCUCGGGCUGGCGGAGCAGUCGGUGCUGGCUGCCCUCGCCCAGGCCGUGAGCCUCACACCCCCAGGCCAAGAAUUCCCCCCAGCCGUGGUGGAUGCCGGGAAGGGCAAGACAGCAGAGGCCAGAAAGUCGUGGCUGGAGGAGCAGGGCAUGAUCCUGAAGCAGACGUUCUGCGAGGUGCCCGACCUGGACCGCAUCGUCCCGGUGCUGCUGGAGCACGGCCUGGAGCGGCUGCCGGAGCACUGCCGGCUGAGUCCAGGGGUCCCCCUGAAACCGAUGUUGGCCCACCCCACCCGGGGCGUCAGCGAGGUCCUGAAACGCUUUGAGGAGGCCGCCUUCACCUGCGAGUACAAAUACGACGGGCAGAGGGCGCAGAUCCAUUUCCUGGAGGGCGGGGAGGUGAAGAUCUUCAGCAGGAACCAGGAAGACAACACGGGAAAGUACCCCGACAUCAUUAGCCGCAUCCCCAAGAUAAAACUCCCGUCAGUCACAUCUUUCAUUCUGGACGCGGAAGCGGUGGCUUGGGACCGGGAAAAGAAACAGAUCCAGCCAUUCCAAGUGCUCACCACCCGAAAACGCAAGGAGGUGGACGCGGCGGAGAUCCAGGUGCAGGUGUGUCUGUACGCCUUCGAUCUCAUCUACCUCAAUGGAGAGUCCCUGGUACGCGAGCCCCUCUCCCGACGCCGGCAGCUGCUCCGGGAGAACUUCGUGGAGACAGAGGGCGAGUUCGUCUUCGCCACCUCCCUAGACACCAAGGACAUGGACCAGAUCGCUGAGUUCUUGGAGCAGUCAGUGAAAGACUCCUGCGAGGGGCUGAUGGUGAAGACCCUGGAUGUCCACGCCACCUACGAGAUCGCCAAGAGGUCUCACAACUGGCUCAAGCUGAAGAAGGACUACCUGAACAAUGUGGGCGACACCCUGGAUCUUGUGGUGAUCGGCGCCUACCUGGGCCGGGGGAAGCGGGCCGGCCGCUACGGGGGCUUCCUGCUGGCCUGCUACGACGAGGAGAGCGAGGGGCUGCACGCCAUAUGCAAGCUCGGCACUGGCUUCAGCGACGAGGAGCUGGAGGAGCACCACCGGAGCUUCCAGGCCCUGGUGCUGCCCACCCCGCGCUCCUACGUCCGGGCAGAUGGCGCUGUGGCCCCUGACCACUGGCUGGAGCCCCGCAUCGUGUGGGAGGUCAAGUGUGCCGAUCUCUCCCUCUCCCCGAUCUACCCUGCGGCCCGGGGGCUGGUGGACAGUGAGAAGGGCAUCUCCCUCCGCUUCCCUCGGUUUAUCCGCGUCCGUGAAGACAAGAAGCCAGAGACGGCCACCACCGGUGCCCAGGUGGCCUGUCUGUACAGGAAGCAGAGUCAGAUCCAGAACCAGCAGGGUGGGGACGCAGACUCCGACCAGGAGGACUUCUACUAGACCCCGUCUUCCCCCUCCUUCCCCCGGGGUGGAGGGUGGGGCCCCGGGACGGGACCUCUGUGGCGCAGACCCCGUGUGCAGUCACAGUGUGGUGUGUGUGUGUGUGUCGGGGGUGGUUUAAGCUGGGGGUUUAGUCGGUCAUUUUUCUGUCAAUAAAUAAUUAUU